AUGGCGAACGCAAAACUCUACGUUGAAGAUCAAAUUGUCAACGACAUCGACGAUGCUCAUGCAACUACACUUGUCUGGGACGAGUUCCCUGACGUUUUCCAUCGAGUGCUUCCUACUAAGCCAUGGGGCGAUCACGUCCACCCAGCGCCCGUAAUUGAGCCGUGGAGUCCGCCAAAAGAUCGUGGCCUGUUUGCUGAUCCAGAUCUGCCCAACUUGCUGGGCCACCCGGGCAUCAAACGUGAAGAUCUUACACCAUCAAUAGGAACACUUCUGACAGGGAUCCAGCUGGACGAGUUAACAGAUGCACAAAAGGAUGAAUUAGCACUGCUUGUUGAACAUAGGGGCGUAGUCUUCUUUCGUGACCAAAAUAUCACGGCACAAGGACAACGAGAUUUGUUUGAUUAUUAUGGGGAGCCUGAGGUUACUCUCAAACAGCCAGAAACUGAAAAGAAGCCUGUCUUGACUCAUAUUCAGACAAAAGAAGUGGAUUAUCGCGCUGCAUAUACAAAGGUUAACUGGCCGUUCGCCGAUUUCCAUGCCGAUUCUUCAAGCCAUAUUAAUCCUCCUUCCUUCUCAAUGCUUCGAGUAGACGAGCUACCUCCAACUGGCGGAGAUACAACUUGGAUAUCUGGAUAUGGCACAUACGAUGCUCUGUCUGGACCUCUUCGCAAGAUUGUAGAUGGCCUAAAUGCUUGGCACACCUCUUUGCAUGUCAACGGAGCCGUGGAAUACCUUUGGAAAGUUCGCCCUAAUUUUCGUCCUGUUGAAACCCGCCACCCUGUUGUGCGAGUGCAUCCUGUUACUGGGUACAAAGUCUUGAAUCUCAACUCAGGCUAUGUUGAUCGCAUUGAUGGAUUUAACCGCCUAGAGUCGGAUAAGUUCUUGGAUCUAUUGUUCACGCACAUACACACGGCACAUGAUCAUAUGGUUCGAUUUCACUGGGAGAAGAACUCUGUAGCCUUCUGGGAUAAUCGCGCGGUAACUCAUCGCGCUACACACGACUAUGCACCUCUACACCGCCACGGUGUACGAGUGACAAAUCGCGGAGACAUACCGAAGUAUGAUGCCAGUGGCAAGACACGCAAAGACGUGCUUUAUUCACUACGCAAUAGUGAUAAGAUUCCACAGGUUCACAGUUCAUAUCUGAGAGAGGGAAAUUUUCCACGGGAUUUUGCACCAAGAGCGCCUAGGGCAUAA